AGCGUGUGACAGCAACCAACACCGACAUUGACGUUGCUGUUAACAGCAACCACCUACGUUUGUUACGUCGCGUUAACCCCUGCGCUCCUGUUCAACGUUGUGUCAUAAAAAACCCCGUUGCGAGGCAAAUCUAUUGAAGGACCUGGACCUGGUGCUGCGUGGUGGUCCGAACCUGGCAUUUUAUUAAAUCUCCUUGGCGAUAUUAUGCAGUAAAUUUUAUAAUUCUCUACGCGUUACGGAUACCUCAAAUGAUGCCAGGAAAUGGAGACAAUACUACGGAGCUUGGUGAAAUUGAAAAUGUCAGAGUCGUUGUGCGAGUGCGACCACUGAAUGGAAAGGAGUUGGAUGGCCACUGCAAGUGCAUCACUACAGUGGAUGCGUUGAACAGUGAAAUAACCGUUGAGAAUCCUAAUGCAGCACCAGGGGAGCCUCCGAAAGUAUUUUCCUUCGAUGCCGUUUUUGAUACAGACUCGACGCAAGUUGACGUUUACAAUGAAACCGCAAGACCUAUCGUUGACAAAGUGCUACAAGGGUACAAUGGAACGAUACUCGCAUACGGCCAGACUGGCACGGGUAAGACGUAUACUAUGUCCGGAACAAAGACUUCGCCUCAGCUUCGGGGCAUCAUCCCAAAUACGUUUGCACACAUAUUUGGCCACAUUGCCAAAGCUGACGAUCAUCAAAAAUUCUUAGUUCGUACUACAUAUUUGGAAAUAUAUAAUGAAGAAGUUAGGGAUUUAUUGGGAAAGGAUCAAAACACUCGAUUGGAAGUCAAAGAAAGACCCGAUAUUGGAGUAUUUGUGAAAGAUUUAAGUGGCUAUGUUGUAAACAAUGCCGAUGACUUGGAUCGAAUAAUGUCACUUGGAAACAAAAAUCGUGUCGUUGGUGCAACUGCUAUGAAUGCCUCUAGUUCGCGGUCUCAUGCUAUUUUUACAAUUACUGUUGAAUCCAGCCAACUUGGAGAGGAUGGUCAAGAGCAUGUAAAAAUGGGCAAACUCCAUCUGGUUGAUUUAGCUGGUUCCGAGAGACAGAAUAAAACCAAAGCCACUGGGAUGCGAUUGAGAGAGGCAACAAAAAUUAAUUUAUCGUUAUCGACACUGGGAAAUGUCAUAUCUGCAUUAGUAGAUGGACAGAGUUCUCAUGUUCCGUACAGAAAUUCCAAGCUCACUCGGUUACUGCAAGACUCACUAGGUGGAAAUUCCAAAACUUUAAUGUGUGCAAAUAUCAGCCCCGCUGAUGUUAACUACGAUGAAACAAUAAGCACUUUGCGAUACGCCAAUCGCGCAAAGAAUAUAAAGAACCGAGCAAGAAUUAAUGAAGAUCCAAAGGAUGCUUUGUUACGUCAAUUCCAAGUAGAAAUUGAACAGUUGCGAAAACAACUAGAAGAAAAUGCAGCGGAAGUUUCGGAAUCUGAUGGAGAUUCUGAGGAGUCUGACAAAACAGGUGAAACACGACGAGAAAAAAGAGCUCGACAGAGAAGAAGCCAAAUGUUAACGAUGAUCGAAUUGGAGGACUUGGAUUUGGAUUACAGAGAAAAAAUGGAUAAAGCUGAAAAAGAUGACAAAAGUCCGGACAAUAAGGAUUUCAUUGAAUUAAAAAGAACUCAGAGUGAAAAAGAAGCAUUACGAGAAAAAAUGCAAAAUCUGCAAAAUAAAAUCUUGGUCGGAGGGGAGAAUCUCUUAGAAAAGGCAGAAGCUCAAGAACAACUUUUGGCAGCAGCUGCGAUAGAACUGGAGCAAAGAAAAAGUCGCGAAGAACAGUUGAAAAAAGCCAUCGAAGAGAAGGAAGCUGAGCGUAUAGAUAUCGAAGAAAAAUACUCCUCGCUCCAAGAAGAAGCUGCAGGAAAGACGAAAAAAUUGGCUAGAGUACAUACGAUGUUAAUGUCGCUUCAAGCUGAAUUUUUAGAUUUACGACUAGAACAUCACCGAGAAACAGAGGGACUUUUCGAAGGGAUUCGGGGCAUUAGAAGAGAAUUGCAACUCCAUGAACUGAUUAUGAGCAAUUACAUACCGGAACAAUAUCAGAGAAUGAUCGAACGAUAUGUCCACUGGAAUGAAGAUAUUGGAGAAUGGCAAUUAAAAUGCGUGGCAUAUACAGGAAAUAACAUGCGAAAAGCUCAAGUGACGACUUUGUUAAAUAACGAUAAAGACCAAUCACAGCCAGAUUUACCAAAUAUUUAUCUUUCCUACAAUACGGGAGUCGAGUCUAAUUUUGCGCAGGUAAAAAAAGUCAGAAGUCGCUCCGGUGUUCCUAGACCAACUACGGCUCAUCGGCGCACACUACACUGAACAUUUAGUAGACAAAUGAGCCUCGCAUAUAUAUAUAUUUAUUUAUUUAUUAGAGAAUUUUUUUUAGAACAUUUUGUAUCGACCCUUUAGCAUUUUUAAUUUAACGCUCUAUAUCACAAAUACAGGAAACGCGUCAUCUAAUCGGUUUUUGUACAGUUUUAAACACUCCGCAUAAAUUACAUCCAUCAGGGAUGUAUCGCGUGUAUAGACGAAGAUGAUAUCUCUUAAAUUACGAAAAAUAUUGUCAUCCGUUAAACAUCAUCAGAAGGCUACAUGUAUCGGUCAGUAAAACUCUCCGACAUUAAAAGAGAAAGAUUAAACUGUUUACGGGCACAAGUAGAACGCCUGAAUAUUUUUAUGGAAUGCACGAGGAAGUUAGUCAUUUGGUUAAUGGAACUAAUACAUUUGGUCGUUGAUGCCUAAACUCAACAUUCGAUACGAUAAUAAAAAUAACAAGAAUAGAACCAAGAAAUAAAAAUAAUUAUCUUGCACUUAUUAUUACAUGAAGUAUAAACGAUUGUUUAAAGAACAAAUCCUUACGAAAAUUAUAGAAGUUAAAAUAAAACCAUUUAUACUAUGUCAAGAUGCUCGGCGAAUAUUUUAGAUGUUCAAGUAUGAUUAGCCAAAAGGUAAUAACAUAUUUAAUUCCUCAAGAGCUUGAUACAAUGAGCGUUAUAAUUUAUUUUAAUUGUAACCCAAACACUAUGCCGCACGGUGAAUUUUUUAAGGAGUCUCCCUUGAUCCCUCUCCUUAUUUCAGAAGAUGUAUCUUUUAGAAUAACCAAUUCCAUGCAUUUAUUAUACUCUGUGAUAAUCGAAAAAGCUUACUUUUUCGUAUGAUUUUUUAAUUGUUCAUUUAGGUAAAGGACCACCGACGUAUUAUGUAGUUUUAAUACUUGUAUCAUGCAUUAUUAUUUAUUGUAAGCACGAUUACCCCAAUAAAACAAGUUAAAUAUUGCAGAGGAA